AUGGAAGAGCAGCAAGAAAGGAGGAACGUUGAAGAGAAAGAAGGCGACCAACCAAGCAGGAACAGUGGCCAAACUGGCCCUGAGCCUAAAGAGCAUCGUACUAGCAUUGUUGAAAUGAGUGACAAGGUGAUGAAAAAUUGGAUUCAGUCCCUUCAAAAAGCAAAAGAAAGGACUCAAUCUCAAACUCAAUGGCCAAGGAUACCAAGGGUUCCUCAGAUACUGAGGUGGACCCAGGAUUUCAACAAAUUCUACGAACCGAGGGUAAUUUCAUUCGGCCCUUACCACCACAGCAAGCCCGACCUUCACCCUGAGGAAAUGAUCAAGCCUCUAUAUGCCGAACAAUUCCUGGCUGAUAGUAACCAGGACAUCAAAGAUUUGUACACAAAAAUUGGAAGUAAUAUCAAGGCAGUGAGGGACUGCUAUGAUUCGAAUAGUACAAAGGAGUAUGAUGAUGAGGCACUCGCCUGGAUGAUGCUUCUGGAUGGGUGUUCUUUACUACAAAUCAUCCGCGAGACAGAUACGAGUAACGUUCUUGCAUAUCACCAAAGAUGUCUUGUGAAGCUGGACUUGUUCUUGCUGGAGAACCAACUUCCCUUUGGAGUCCUCAAGUUGAUUUUUGAGGGGGCAAAAUUCAAUGAUGGUCCAUCAAUGGAAGAGAAGAUAAAAAAAUUCGUCACUGACACCGGAAGGCCCACAGGAAUACAGCUGGAAGAGGAGAACGAAGAGCCCUCUCAUCUCCUCGACCUUUUUCGAAGUGCUCUCCUAGGCAGGUUUAAAAUGAUUAGGAGUCGUCAGCCCGAACAAGAGCAGCAACCUGAGAAAAAGGGAAAGUCGUCGUCGCGUCAAGGAGAAGAUAGGGGGUCCUGUUGCCCAUGGAAGAAAGGCAUUUGGAAGUCUUUUCGAAACAUCAAGGAGCUUAAAGCUGCCGGGAUCCAUCUCCAACUGAAUCGAACGAGUUCCUUGAGAGACAUUUCUUUCAAUUCCCACUUCUUCUAUGGCUGCCUGAAACUUCCUCCAAUAAUCAUUGAUGGCUUCACGAAGCCCAAGUUCUUGAACCUUGUAGCCUACGAAAUGUGUCCAGAAGCCCCAAAUGACUAUGCGGUCACUUCUUAUAUAUCCUUCCUUUACGAGCUCAUUGAUCAUGCAGACGAUGUCAAGGAGCUGAGAUCUAAUCACAUUCUCUACAACUGUCUUGGCAGCGAUGAAGAGGUGGCCAAAAUUUUCAACGAGAUCACCAAUGACUUUGUAAAUCCCGAUGCUUAUGGAGAUGUGAAAGCUCGCAUUCAGGAACACUACGACAAGAGAGUGAAUACUUGGAUGGCUCAAGCCCUUCACGACCAUUUCAGUACUCCAUGGACUAUCAUGGCUUUCAUUGGUGCUGUUUUGGUACUAUUUCUUACUGCGGUUCAGACCUACUGCGCUCUUCCCGGUAAUUAA